AUGUUACUUCUCUCGCUUCUCGUAUGGGCCCUAGCGGUGUCUGCUAAGUACGUCAAGCCCACCCCUCCAACAGAAGACGACUUCUAUGUCACCCCAGAAAAUAUCACAUCGUAUAAAAAUGGCGAAAUCAUUGCCUCAAGACCUGCUCCUGCCAUGAUCCGGUCAAUCUACUUUCCCGCGGACGUCAAGAACGCAUGGCAGCUCAAAGUGCGCUCAGAGGACUCUCACGGCAACGCUCAAGCUGUUGUCACCACCAUUUUGGAACCCUACGAUGCCAACCCCAAAGAAGUCCUAGCAUAUCAGCCCGCUCAGGACUCGGCCACCAACGAUUGCAGCCCUUCGUACUCCAUCUUGUUCAAUGCCCCUAUGGACACCAUAGUGCUUCAGCUCGAGAUGAUUCUCAUCCAGCUAGGUCUUGCCAAAGGGUGGUAUGUGGUAGUUCCCGACUACGAAGGGUUCCAGGGCGCCUUCACUGCUGGCAGGCAAUCUGGACAAGCUACACUUGACUCGAUCAGAGCAGCGUUGCACUCAGAAGAUAUCUCUGGAAUCAGCCCGGAUGCAAAAGUGGCCAUGACAGGUUAUUCUGGUGGAACAAUUGCCUCUGGCUGGGCAGCAGCGCUUCAACCGCAAUACGCUCCAGAGCUUAAGAAGCACUUGCUUGGAGCCGCUUUGGGCGGCUGGGUGACCAACAUCACGCUUACGGCCGAGGCAACGGACGGAACGCUUUUUGGUGGACUUAUUCCCAACGCAGUCAAUGGCUUGCUUCAUGAAUACCCUAAUCUCAGUGACCUUAUCGAGACUGAGCUUGCAAAGAACAAACAGCUGGACUUCCUCUCGGCCGGAAAAAAGUGUCUUGUGACGUCGAUCUUCGACUACAUGUUUGUGAAAUUUUUCAGCGGCAAGGACCCUUGGGCUACAAAGGGGUGGGGGUUCUUUGAUGUUCCAGUUGUGCAAGAAGUAGUCAAAAACAACACUGCAGCUCUCGAAGAAGACGGUCCCAUACCCGAAAUUCCUCUUUUCGUGUAUCACGGGACCGAGGAUGAGAUUGUGCCUUUCUCAGGUGCUCAGCGUGGCUACAAGAACUACUGUGACUGGGGUAUUGAGAGUUUUGAGUUUGCAGUAUCCAACACCACAGGCCACAUUCUUGAGUGGGUGGAAGGAUGCGCUGCAGCUUUCACCUGGAUGGAAAAAUUGUUCAAUGGCACAAAACCGGUGGAUGGUUGCAAAAAAACCAUACGCAGCAGCAAUAUUCUCUACCCUGGAGCAGAUAUCGAGUAUCGCCAGCUUGUGAGGACGUUUUUCAGCUCGAUUGGCGGAGGUCAAGUUGGCGAAAGUACUAGAAACAUCACUGAGUCUACUAUGGUCAGCCAGAUGAUGACCAAGGUGUUCAGUGGGCUUAUCAACAAGAUUGGGCCUUUUCCUGUCAAGAGAGACGGGUCAAUUGACAGGAGUGUGUUCACAGGUAUGAAUGACGUGAUUGACUUGUGGCAGCGGGAAAACACGGGGCCAGACUGGUUGAAAGGCGCUAUACGGAAAGUAUAA